GGGGUGAGCGGAUGAGACAGCAGCAGCGCAUGAGAGAGAGAGAGAGAGGCGGCAUCACCCAGACAGACAGAGGGAGAAGGAGAGGAUAGACAGCAGGCUCGUCUCUCCCUCAGACAGAGCUGGAAGGAAAGCAAAGGGGAAUGAGAGAGCGAAGCAAGAGGAGGAGAGGAAGACAAUGAAGGAGUGCCGUUGUUCAGCCCUGCCAUUCUGCUGUUUCACAUUGAACUGAGACGGAGAAGAGAGGAGGAGGACAAGCUGAGGAGAGGAUAGAUGGAGAGGAUAUGAGAUCUGGCAAUGACUUAGUGAUUUAAACGAGUGGGAGAGAGGAGAGAGAGGGUGUUUAAACAUGAAUAUGGUUCUGAUGUGAAUAUGGAGCUCUGUUAAUACCAUACUACGGAUAAUCACCUCUACUCUGUCUAACCCAAAAUAAGGAACAAUUGUUUUACAUUUUUCAUUCAGUCUUGAAGCAAAGGAAGAGUUCUCAAGAAUUUAUUCACAACUCAAAACAAUUAUAGGUGGAAAAAAACCUGCUCUGCAGAUUAUUAUACAAUCACCACCUUUGUCGUUACUUACCUAACAGUUAGGACUGUACAGGAAAACAUUCAGGUUGUUGUUAUGCAAUUUUUUUCUAAAGUAUUAGCUAUUGUGAUAGUAAAGUUUAUUGAUAUUAAUAUUGACUAUCAUAUAUGAAAGUAUUUCAUCCUCUGAAGCAAUAUAUGUUGUGUUAAUCCAUGUGUCCUAGCCAGAGUCUGGAAUCAGCCAGGUUGGGAUGUCAACAUUGAUUUGGUUUUAUGGCCGGUGCGAUGUGGGCCAAACUUUGAUCAUUUCCUGAGUGGUAUUGAUCCCUCCAGGAGUCUCUGGCAGGCCGACCGGCUGUGGUUUCUAUAGUUAGAUGUUAAAGACCGUAAUGGGUCAGUCUCCGCUCUGCUUAGCUGCUCCUGGGCUCUGAUUUGUGGAAGCAGUCUGUUAUCUUGUUGUCUGAGAUGUUUCUGCCGCCGUCAGGAUUUCUCAAUAUAGAUCCUGAGCAGGCUUCUCUUUCAAUGUUUGUUGCCACGGCAACUUGCAUGCGCCUAAGUCGGAGACAGACUGAGAUGUAAAGUUAUUUUGAGUCUUUUUCUCUUUUUUCAAAUACUGGUGCUGUUCUUUAUAUACGUUGCUGUCUAGGGUGGUGAUAACCAGGAGAAACAGUCCAGACAGGAACAGACUAGUGGUGGGGUGGUGAUAACCAGGAGAAACAGUCCAGACAGGACCAGACUACUGGUGGGGUGGUGAUAACCAGGAGAAACAGUCCAGACAGGACCAGACUACUGGUGGGGUGGUGAUAACCAGGAGAAACAGUCCAGACAGGACCAGACUACUGGUGGGGUGGUGAUAACCAGGAGAAACAGUCCAGACAGGACCAGACUACUGGUGGGGUGGUGAUAACCAGGAGAAACAGUCCAGACAGGACCAGACUACUGGUGGGGUGGUGAUAACCAGGAGAAACAGUCCAGACAGGACCAGACUACUGAUGGGGUGGUGAUAACCAGGAGAAACAGUCCAGACAGGACCAGACUACUGGUGGGGUGGUGAUAACCAGGAGAAAUAGUCUAGACUACUGGUGGGGUGUUAGUGUGUAGAACCUCUAACCUAUUUAUGUAAAUGUAGGCUCUGUCUAGAAUUCUAGACUGAAUUUGAUGCAGUGUUCUUGCUGGUUUGCCAUGAGGUAUAUCUCUCAUUCUCUCUCUUCAACUUCUGCCGUGCCAUCUUUGCUGGUAACUAGUGUCCUGACCGGGACAGGUGGUAUACCAAGCCGAUGUCAGAAAUGACUAAUCUGGAUUAUAAUCAGAUAAUUCUACAUGUGGACAUAUCAUUCACUUUGUACAGCUGUGGAACUGUGUAGUCUUAACUGGUAUCAUCAACUGUGUGUUGUUUAUGUGUUAGUGUAGUGGUGACUUUCUCUACUUGUGUGUGUUUUCUAUCUGUGUGUUGGAGAAUCAGGACAUCUCUUCAGGUAGAGGGCGCUGUACUCUGCACUCAUCUGACCUACACUGUGCUUUAUUCUGUGCACUAACAUCUGGCAGGGCGAGGGUUAAACCUGCUGUACUAGCAUUUACUAGUGUUAACCUAUGUUUGCUAACUGACCCGUUGGCUAUGUUUGUGACAUCUCGUCACUGUUAGCGACUGGUUCUGUCUGUUGCUAGCGCUGCAUUGCAUUCAAUUGUGAAACGCUAGCAACUCUAUACGUUCAUCUGUUUUGACAUUUAUAUUUUAGUCAUUUAGCAGACACUCUUUUCCAGAGCGACAAUAGAGUUGUGAGUGCAUACUUAUUCGUACUGGUCCCCCAUAGGAAUCGAACCCACAACUCUGGCGUUGCAAGCCUAAUACUCCACCAGGUGAGCCACACGGGACACGUUGUCUACAGCCACUAAUUGACCAUCGCGAUCUGACCAUCUAGCCUGCAUUUAGCAUUCCCCUGGUAGUGCUACAGCACGAGGACAAAUAGACAUUUAGAGCAUAGACUAUAAUGGAAGACUUUUGUAGUUAUGCGAAGACAGUUAGGCUGUGCUAAGAGCCUGCCGUAGGCUGUCGUAAGACCUUAAUAGCCCUUCAUAGCCCCUACAUAGCAUUUCAUAGCUAAUCCCAGUCAGUAUCCUGAUGUGUUCUGGUGCUCUCUGUCUGGGAGGAGACGUUAGCUAGCGAGUGCUGUGGCAGACCCUUUGGUGCUAGGCUGGUGUGAUCGAGCGAGCGUCCCUCUGUCUGUUGCUAGGCAGCCAAAAUCAAAUGGCUAGCUGGUAGCCCUCUGCUUCCAAACAUACAGGGCUUUAGCCGUUAGCGCUUGUUGUUGAAAGUCAACUUUCUCUGGUAUCAUCGUGUAACUCUUGGUACCAAAUUGUCAAUCUGUUACAAAGUUUUAUCUCAGUGGGUCAAACCUGGCAGAGUAAUGGUUAGAACAUGUGUAAAGUGCUGGAAACAACACUGAUAUGUGAGCUGACAAGACCCUGGAGAUAUAUUCCAGGUUCAACCUCCACUAUUCAGUCCUGUGAGCUGACAAGCCCCUGGAGUUAUAUUCCAGGUUCAACCUCCACUAUUCAGUCCUGUGAGCUGUGUCUUGUGGCUGGAGACUGUUCAUGUUAGACAUCUUUAGUUCUCUUUGGAUGGACUAUGCAGAUUGUUCAGAUUGUAGUUAGCUCAGUGUUUCUAGUUAGCUCAGUGUUUCUAGUUAGCUCAGUGUUUCUAGUUAGCUCAGUGUUUCUAGUUAGGUUAGUACUGGACCGUACUGUGCAGUGUUAAGAAAUACACAUGCUUCUCCCAGGUAACUGACUAUUGGCUUGGCUUGUUUAAACAAGACUGUUUCUGUGGAAUCGAUAAAGAGAGAGAGAGAGGGGAGGGAGGUUUAAUUAAGUGUAAUGACUAGGUGAGGGAGUUCUCUAACAAGCCUCCAGUACCAUUCAGGUCUCAUUAUCAUCAAAACAAUCGCACCGGUGGUGUCAUCAGCCAAUGACCUACAUUCUCUCUUGUUACAUCAUCACUGUGUGUGUCACUGUUUCUGUAACCAGAAAGAGGCAACUUCUCCAACUCUAGCACUUCUGGUGCUAUGGUGCUCCAGAACGUAUCCACUCUAACCAGGGCAGCAAUGUUCUAGAACAGCUCUACCUACGGUUUUAGCCAUAUCAGAAACUUCAGUCAGGGACAAGCCCAGCAUCUGGUCUUUUUCUUAUCUAGUGGUGUCUGUUACUAGGUUAUGUGCAUUGUAUAGACUCUGGCUGUAGUUAUAGAGUGAGUGUGGAGAGAGACAGACAAUCUUUGAAGUAGAGGGACUGUUUAAGAGGACAGUCUGGAGAACGGGAAAGGAGACGAGGAGGGGGGGGAGGGGGAGCGAGAGAUCAUUUGGAAGAGAAGGCAGGAAGUGGUGGAGCGAGAGAAGGAGGAAGUGCAGCGGCUACUGAGGGAGGCACAGAAAACAGUGUGGAGGAGGAGAGAGGGAUUCCAGGAGAGGAUAGGAGAGGACAAGCUGAGGGGAGAGAGAAGCGCAGAGAGAGGGAGAGAGACUGCACAGGAGGUGAUCUGGAGGAAGAGAGAGGAAGAGGGGGAGAAAGCCAAGGCCAUCCAGAGAGGACACGAGACCAUCUGGAGGAAGAGGGAGAGGGAGUGAGGAAAAGGGAGAGGGAGUGAAAGAGUACAGAGGAGGAAGAGUUAAAUGACUUAGGAGUAUUCUCCAGCAGCCUUGGAACCUGAAACAAAGCUGCUCACAGGAGAGCAAGAGGGAUACAGAGAGAGAGGAAUAAAAAGCAGGAGGGAUAGAGAGAUUUUCCCUGCCAGAAUUGGUGUUUGGCCAUAGAUCAGCAGGUCUUAACAGAACUUUGCUAUAUUAAACUCUGCAGAUAAUCUUACUCUGUUGUAUCAACCCGUGUGUGUGUGUGUGUGUGUGUGUCCCUUCUGAUCUACUCGUUGGCAGCUGAUAAGGUUUUUAUGGGCCCGUGUCAGGCAAGAGAGGCUAGUGAGCUACUGCCCCGACAGACACGCUGAAACGCGCACACACACACCACAGACUCACACACUCUGUGCCAUUUACUGGCAGUAGAGUAGGUUUCUACUCCAACACAUGCUAACAGACACAUGAGGGUAGGCCCCUUGAUGCAGUAACUCAUACCACCUGAGUGUCUGUGUCUAUAGACAAUCACAUUCUGAGGUUGUAUGUGGAAUCUCCAUGGUGCUCAAAGAUGAACAACUGGACUUAAGUGCCAUGCUACAUUAGUUGACAUGCUGAUGUGCUCAAACAGCAUUUUUCAGAACAGGUGCUACAUACAUGAUCACACAAAUCCUUUUUGAUUCUGUCUAUUGGGAAGUGGCAUUCAUUUCUGUGGAUUGAAAGUCAUAAAAUGUUGUAAGACUGACAGUGUAGACACCAAACAACUGAGUAUCACUCCAUCAGUGUGCUGGGUUAGACUCUUAGAGAGUGAUACCCUCUGAUCUUCAAUCGCUCCUCUUGCUGCUCUCCUCUGUCUUGUAGAUGAAGGUGUUUCUUGCUCAGUGUCUGCUGCACUGCCUGACAAUGACGGGAGGAUAUAAAACAGGGCGGACGGAUGGACAACGGUCACUGAGAGGGAAAGAAAGACCAGUGUGUUUUUGAGCGAGAGACUGAUAAUACAGAGAAGGAGAGAAUGAACCACCGUUGUUGUUUAGACUGAAUCACACCAGAGUGUGUGGACUUGUUAGAGAAACACUGAAAUAACAUCGAACAUCUCAGAUCCAUGAUGGAGCUGAUCCCUAAAACUAAGUAUACUCACUUCCGGAGUGAAUCUCUCAGUUCGAAUGACGAUACCAACUCCAACCCUUUCUCCCUCCCCCCUUCCACUCCCGCAACCCCCCUCACCCCUCCUGGGCUACCCUCCUCCCUCUCCUCCUCCUCUCUCACCCCCAUCCUCCCCCCUUCCUCCCCCCGCCGGGCCGAGAACAGCCCCACCACGCUCUGUUCCUUCUUCCCCAGGAUGGGAGCCCUUCGCCUGGGCAUCUCUGCUACUCUACUCCCAGGCCUCAAGGUCUCCAGCAGGCCUCAGCAGGCUCAAGCCCCCAUGGGGUCUUCAGGGGGUAACAGUUCCAGCUCUCACUCCUCACCCCCUCCCUGUCUAACAGCCCCCUCUCCCCCCCAUCGCCCCCCUCUGCAGGAUAUGAACCGGCUGGGUGGGGCGUCCAGGAGGGCGCGGGUGGAGGGGGGGCAGCUGGGGGGAGAUGAGUGGACACGCCACGGCUCCUUCGUCAACAAGCCCACCAGAGGAUGGCUACACUCAGACCAUGUGGUCAGCACCACUGGGGUUGCCUACUCAGUACGGUAUAUGGGCUGUGUGGAGGUGCUACAGUCUAUGAGGGCGCUGGACUUCAACACCAGAACUCAGGUCACCAGAGAGGCUAUCUCAGUGGUGUGUGAGGCAGUGCCUGGAGCCAAAGGAGCCCAACGCAAGAGAAAGCCGUCGUCUCGCUGUAUGACGUCCAUUCUGGGGAAACGUAACCUGCAGUUUGCUGGGAUGACCAUCAGCCUGACGGUCUCUACCAGCAGCCUCAACCUGCUGGCCUCCGACUGCAAACAGAUAAUUGCAAAUCAUCACAUGCAGUCCAUCUCUUUCGCUUCUGGAGGAGACCCAGACACAGCAGAGUAUGUAGCAUACGUGGCCAAAGACCCAGUCAACCAGAGAGCGUGUCAUAUCCUGGAGUGUUCGGAGGGCUUGGCCCAGGAAGUCAUCAGUACGAUAGGGCAGGCCUUCGAACUACGCUUCAAACAGUACCUGAAGAACCCCCCCAAACUGGUCACCCCCCAUGACAGGAUGGCUCCAUUUGACGGCUCAGCGUGGGAGGAAGAGGAAGAUGAGGGAGCACCGCCCCCUGCAGAUGUUCCGUACUAUAAUAACUUCCCCGGGAAACAACCUCCUCCUGGGGGACUGGUGGACAUGAGAGCCCGCCCUGGGGCUACGCUGCCCUAUGGACAGCCGGGUCAGAAUGAUAUUCACAAGCAGCCGCUUCCCCCUCUACCAAUGGGAGCAAAGGAGGGAGGGCGGGAACUGUGUGAUGACCCCUCAUACGUCAAUGUGGAUAAACCCCGCCCCGCAACAGCUGCAGCCAAUGGCAAUACUCACAGAGAUGCGUUCGACAUGAAGCCAUUUGACGAUUCCCUGGGUGUAUCAGGUCUGGGGGUCUCAGCGGCGCCCCCUCUGGUAGAACAGCUGCAGUGCGAGGCCUGGUUCCACGGCAGCCUGAGUCGCAGGCAGGCUGAGAGACUGCUGACCCGUGACGGAGACUUCCUGGUCCGAGAGUCAGGCACCACCCCUGGACAGUACGUCCUGACUGGACAACAGGGGGGUCAGCCCAAACACCUACUACUGGUCGACCCAGAGGGAGUGGUACGUACCAAAGACCACCACUUUGAGAGUGUGAGCCACCUGAUCAGUUACCACAUGGACAACAGACUGCCCAUCGUAUCAGCAGGCAGUGAGGUGUGUCUACAACAACCAGUGGAGCACGGGGCCUGAACACACACACACAGCAAUGCAACACACACACACUCUCAGAAACACUACACACAUAAGCAGUGCUGACAACAUUAAGGAAAGCCAAAAAAAACUCCUCUAUCACUCUUUCUGCCAAAAUCAUUUGCUCUCUGCUUUUCCUCACACCCUUCUCUCCUCCUGGACAACUCACUGUUACCUCCGUGAUCCCUCCUUCUGUUUAUCCUUCCGUCAUCGAGGUCCACUCUCACCAUCCCUCCAAAGAACGUGGGAGUAACACCUAGAAACACUAUUUUCCGUCUCAUUGGGACAGAAAUUAAUACAAUUUAGUAAAAAAACGGAGCAUUAUUAAUUAAAUCAUGCCAUUGUAUCAUUUCUGAAUGAUUCUAUCAUAGUAAAGGAGGUCUGUGCACCUUGGAGGGGAGGAGUGAAACGUAGAGAAAGGAAUGGAGGGAUGGGGGAGAGGUCUUGAUCCAGACAUGGCAGAGGAAACAGUUUCUCUCACCGUCAGAGAAGCACUCCAAAGACUUGUCUGAUGAUUGGAUUCAUCAGAGAGCUCAGACAUGGACCCUCCAAUCAAAUAUCAGUGGAACACAUGAAUAACCAAUCAUGACUGAGAUCAGGCCUCCUGUUAAUAUGCAUUGACAUUUUUGUGUCCACACCAAUCAGGGCCCUCACUUACCAUCAAGCCCCUUCCAUUAAAAUACCUUUCAUCUUUGACCAUUGACCCUGAGUGAUACCUGGUGAUGUCACGGAGGAUGUCUCUGUAUGCAAAAAGGGGGUUGCUAUACCAACAACCAUUGUCUCCGUCUUUCCAAAUAUGGACAAGGUUUCUUUCCGGCCUCCGAAGGUGGAGUUUGAUAAAAGGAUGUCCGACAUCCGCUUGUCUGUCUGCAUGGGACUGGUCUCCCCGUCCGUCUGCAUGGGACUGGUCUCCCCAUCAGUCUGCAUGGGACUGGUCUCCCUGUCUGUCUGCAUGGGACAGGUCUUACCUUUCUGUCUGCAUGGGACUGGUCUCCCCGUCUGUCUGCAUGGGACUUGUCUGUCUGCAUGGGACUGGUCUUACCUUUCUGUCCUGAUCAUGACAAAGAAAGUGGACUUGGUUGGACUGGGGCGGCAGAAACCAUGGAGAUGACUCCAACACCGACAUACAGUGUGCUCGUCUGUAUCUGUCGUGUACUUUCAUUGGGAGUAUAGUGUGUUUACAUAGAGAGGGAUGGAGAGAAGACUGGGAAGGGGUAGGAGGCCGGGGGGAGGUUCCACAUCUAGAGAUGUCAUCAGACCUAGACACGAUGUCAUCUGAAAGAGCUCAAAACCAAUUCUAUGACGAUGUCACAGUCAACCCAAAUGCGGCUGUCACAAUUUAAUCGGUGCUGUGUUGGAAUCGUAGUUCGGAUUAAUGCCAAUAUUUUCUUGCUUUUCAAUGGAUUUGUUGUUAAUAACUGUUUGCCUUGACAAUCUAUGGCCAUGUCUCUGUCUGGACGGGUGGGGGGUGGAGAGGUUGGGGGGCAUACUGGAUGAAGUGUGUUUAAUGCCGAAAGCGUUCGGUCCAGAGCAUUCAAAACAUAUAUUUUAUCUCCUCCCCAAAUGUGCUGCAACACUUGGUCAGGAGAUUAGCGUUUAGCGUAAGCAUUAGUGUGUAAUGUUUCUUCUCAGCUCAUAGCAGGGAAAACUGUUCAGCGCUGUUCCCAACAAAAUCUGGGAGUUUGGCGAACGUUGGUCAGACGUUGGUCUUUGACGUGUUGUUUUCCUUGGUAUUAGAAGAUGGUAGAGGGAGAGAACGUGGAGGAAUCAUCCUCUCCCUCCUUCUCUUCAUGAUAUUUUUUGUAUCUUUUACUCGUGCCUUAUUUCUUCGAUGCAGUCACUUCACUCCAGUGCAGUUUGUCACCUAAUGUACUGUGCUUAUUCUACAGUCAGUUGAUGUACUUAAUCCAAAUGUAGUGGACCGUUGGAUCCUGUCACAUGGUCUCUGUCCAUCAAAGACUCUGCAAAAAGGACACUGACUCUCACCACCCAGGUCCAGUGAUGCCAAUCCGCUCCUCUAUUGCACAUUCAUUCUUACUUCCUGUUGUCACUUGUUGUUGUCACGGUUGCUUGAUGUCGCAGCUCUCAUUGGAGGGAUUUCCACUCCACCUGUAAAUAACAUCAGAUCUGAUUGGUUGGUUUGAGUUCUUGGUUCUGAAAUGAAAGUCUUUAUUGUUUAGAUGUUAUUAAUAACAUGGGUGGGACAGAACCAGAUACUGUAUUUCACAUGUAAUACCCACGGAAUACUUUUCUCUCUGAAUCCAAUUCAUUUUGAUUCUAGCCAAUGAACCAUGUCCAGGUUUUUGAGUGAGGCUGAAACCAAACUGUAAAUGUGGAAGUGAAGAGUAAACUGGGAUCUGCCACCUGCUGUACAAAAUAUUUCUGUCUCAUCAGUAGGGUUGCAAAAUCCUGUGGUUUUCCAGAAAUCCUGGUUGGAGGAUUCACAGAAUUCCUGUUUAUUCGCUCGUGUAAUUCUAGGAUUAUUUUAACCAGGAUUUCUGGAAAACCGGGGAAUAUGGGGAAAGUUGUCUGAAUUUUGCAACUCUAGUCAUGAGAAAGGGCUCUUUGAGCCUGGACAGGUAAUUGUUUUCAUCUUUCUCAUCGUGCUUGUGUGUGUGUUGUGAGAGAGGAUGUGUGGAUGAUCAGAGUUUAUGGUUAGGAGUGUAGGGGGUUGUGUAGUUCUUACAUGGUGGCACUUGUGCUCUGUGUGUGAGGCCUUUGCUUCAUUCUGUCACAAACACACAGACUGUUAGACACAGACUGUUUAAGUGACUAUAGGUCCUGGAUAGGCAACAAGAAAACAAGUAUACAAGCCCCAAGAUGUGUGUGUAAAAGGAAUCAUCUAUCCUCUACAUAAUUUGUGAAGCAUUCUAGCGUUGUCAUUGUUCAUCACAGUUGCCUUUGUUGCAUGGAAAUAAUUUUUUUACAGUUUCUAUAUUGUUGUUUUGAUGUACUUUUUAAUUUGAGUUUUGAAAGCCAAAGGGUUAUUUUCAAUUAGCCUUCACAAAUAUUGAUUUAAUUUUUUACUUUUUACAGUUCUGUUGUUCUCUUGUUCUUUUCUGUUUACACCUGUACCUGAAAUCACAGAUUGCAUAUAAAUGCAUAUGUCAUGAAUCUUUCUUGGUGAGUUUGGCUUUAAAAUGCAGUUUCUGGAUUUACACUUUGGUCUCCUAUGAUGUGUUUUCUUAAAUGUUGAUUCAUAACUAUUAAAUAGAACAUAUCCCCUUUA